AUGUGGGGAGAGAUGGGCAAGUGCGUGACUGAGUACAACUCUGACCCCUACAUCAACGACGUGCUCGGCUGUAACCCGUCCGGGGGUGUAGCUGCCGUGGCGAACUUGGCCUUCUCAGCCGGGGCUACACGGGACAGGAAAUUCGGCUUUUACAUCUGUGCCACCAGCCACUGCCAACGUGGGAUAUACGAGAGUCGUCGGAGUCUGCGCAACACAGAAGCAGCCUUUGGCUCAGACGGAAGCGGAGACAGGAUUGUGUACACAGUGUGCGCAGGCACUGCAGCUACCCAAUGUCCGAUACUGACUGCGCCAGAUAACGGAGCGCUGAGCCCAGAAGGAGCGAACUCCUACAAUGACGUGGUGACGUUCACCUGUAACCAGGGGUACGAGCUGGAAGGAAACUCUAGUGUGAGGUGCCAGGCGGACCGAACUUGGAGUGGUCCUGUUCCAACAUGCACAG